UUGCCAUCAAUGGGGAAGAUUUUUCCUUCCUUAGUUCGGCCUUUAGGCUGUUGUUUAUCCCUCCUCAUCUUAUCAUCCUUAUUGUCUUCUCCCUCAUUUGCACUAACAGACGAGGAGGUUGCAUUCCUCACUCGUCGCCAACACCGCAUCCUCACCGAAAAUGGGCACGACCUUCCAGAUGAUUAUGACCAAAAAGUAAAUGUCCCAUUCACAUUCCCAAAUCCAAGGCUCCGAAAAGCCUACAUUGCCCUCCAAGCAUGGAAAUCAGCCAUCUACUCAGACCCAAACCACGUCACAAAAAAUUGGAAUGGUCCGAAUGUAUGUGACUACAAGGGGGUGUUUUGUUCCCCGGCUCUUGAUGAUGAGAAGGUAACUGUGGUUUCUGGCAUUGACCUUAAUCACGAGGACAUAGCGGGUUAUCUCCCCGUAGAGUUAGGCCUCCUUACGGACCUAGCCCUUUUCCACAUUAACUCUAACAGGUUUUGUGGGAUUAUUCCAAAGAGUUUCUCAAAACUUCAACUUCUAUUCGAGCUUGAUGUAAGUAAUAACCGUUUUGUAGGAGUUUUCCCGGAGGUUGUGCUUGAAUUAAAGACACUCAAGUAUCUUGAUCUUCGAUUCAACAACUUUGAGGGUUGUUUACCUCCGGAGGUCUUUAACAGGCCUUUCGACGCAUUAUUGCUCAACGAUAAUAGGUUCAGGUGUGCCAUUCCAGAGACCAUUGGUAACUCAACAGUCUCUCUUAUGGUAUUAGCAAACAACAAGUUUACUGGAUGUAUCCCCAAAACUAUAGGUAACAUGGCAGGUAAGUUGAAUCAAAUUAUUUUCAGAGGAAAUAAAUUAAGUGGUUGCAUGCCAGCUGAGAUUGGGUUGCUUCAUAAUGUGUCCGUUCUAGAUUUAUCUAAGAACGAGCUUGUUGGUCCUAUUCCAACGUGUUUCUCGAGCCUUGCAAGUUUGGAAUCUUUUGACUUGUCGGGAAAUAAAUUCACUGGAUUUGUUGCUGAUGAUAUUUGCAAGCUGCCCCUGUUGGAACAAUUUUUGUUUUCUAACAACUAUUUUAAGGGUGAGGGUAAGAGUUGUGACCCAUCUUUAAGAAGGAAUGUUGAUUUUGAAGACAAGAAGAAUUGUUUGCCUAGUAGGCCUAAUCAAAGAUCCCCUAAAGAAUGUUUCCAAAUGGUGUCAAACACAGUUGAUUGUGAAAAGUUUAAUUGUGGCGGGCAACCUUCUAAGCCUACCCCUGGUAAAGGCAGCGGUGGAGGUCAUGGAGGAGAGCAACCCAAGCCUCCUACACCUGAGCAUAAUGACCAUCAUGAAGAUCACCCCAAAGCACCAACACCGGCUCCAGAAGAUGAUCACAAAAGAUCACCAGUUAGACCAUCUACACCUUCAGAACCGUAUGAACAAACACCAAUGGCACCCUCCCCAACACCAGAUGAUCAUAAAAGAUCGCCUGUUCGACCAUCGACACCUACACCUACGCCAGAAGAGUCUCUACCCCCUACCCCAGUGUACUCACCACCAACACCAGUACAUUUGCCUCCCUCGCCAGUAUACUCACCACCUCCACCCCUUGUAUAUUCCCCUCCACUGCCUGUUUACUCACCACCUCCAACACCAGUACGUUCUCCUCCACCGCCAGUUUUCUCACCACCGGUUCACUCGCCUCCACCACCUGUUCACUCGCCUCCACCAUCAUCACCUGUUUAUCCACCACCACCAGUUCGCUCUCCGCCACCACCUACACCAUCUCCUCCACCACCAUCACCGGUUUAUCCACCACCACCCGUUCACUCUCCACCACCACCUCCUGUCCACUCACCUCCUCCACCAGUUCAUUCUCCUCCUCCACCAUCUCCAAUUUACUCACCCCCACCACCACCAGUAAAAUCACCACCUCCACCCGCUCCAAAGCCAUCACCUCCCCCACCAGCUCCAAAACCAUCACCUCCCCCGCCUGUUUUCUCACCCCCACCCCCGCCACCCGUUUUCUCUCCUCCACCACCUGUUCGAUCGCCUCCUCCACCUGUACACUCCCCACCUCCUCCAACUCCAUCUCCACCUCCACCUUAUCCUGAAGUUAGCCUUCCACCAAACAUAGGCUUCCAAUACUCAUCACCUCCACCACCCAUGUUCCCAGGGUAUUAAUCAAUUAGUGUUCAUUACAGCUAAUUAAGAAGUUUUUUUCAUCAGAUUUAUUAAGGUUAUACCCACUCAUUUUCUUGUAUUAUUAAUAGAAAAAAAAAAAGGAAGAAAAGAAGAAGAUGAUGAUGUUCAUUGAGCAAAAUACUUGUACUACUAAUGUUUAUGUAGUUAAUACUUUGUAUUGCCAAUUAUUUUUAACUACAUUUUAAUACUGAUGUCUAUUUUGUAAACAUAUAUUUACUCAUGUUGAGUAAUUAAUAGUGUAUAUUAAUAGGUGCCAAGUGAAAAACACUUCUUUCAUACAAACCAUACAAUUUUUUACAACAUUGUAAUAAGA